GCAUGCGCUCUGAGACUCCGACUUCGUCAUGGCUGACACGGGCUGGCCAGGCUGUUCGAAGAGUUUGAAAGGUGUUGUAUUGGACAUGUGUGGCGUUUUGUAUGACAGCGGCGAGGGCGACGGAGUUGCUAUUCCUGGCUCCAUUGAAGCUGUGGAAAAGCUCAAGGCGUCUGACCUGCAGCUGCGCUUCUGCACCAAUGAGACCCAGGCCACCAGAGAGAAGUUCGUAGCCAAGCUGCAGAGGCUGGGCUUUGACAUCUCUGUGUCUGAGGUCUUCUCUCCUGCUCCUGCAGCAGUAGCGGUCCUCAAGGAGAAAGGUUUACGGCCUCACCUGCUGGUGUAUGAUGGAGUUCUCCCUGAAUUUGACAGUGUUGACAAGACCGACCCAAACUGCGUAGUCAUUGGAGAUGCAGCCGAAAAUUUCUCCUACCAGAACGUGAAUGAGGCAUUCAGGGUCCUUAUAGGCUUGGAGAAGCCACUGCUGUUCUCUCUGGGCCAAGGGAGGUACUACAAGGAGACGGGUGGUUUGAAACUGGAUGUCGGGGUUUACAUGAAGGCUCUGGAGUACGCCUGUGAUUUAGAGGCCGAAGUCAUCGGAAAGCCAUCCUCAAUGUUCUUUCAGAGUGUUCUCAAUGACAUGGGGCUUCACCCACAUGAGGCGCUGAUGAUCGGGGACGAUCUGGUGAAUGAUGUGGGCGGGGCCCAGCGCUGUGGAAUGAAAGGCGUACAAGUCAGGACAGGCAAAUACAGGCCCACUGAUGAGAGGCACCCAACGGUGACGGCCGACGGCACUGUGGACAACCUGGCCCAGGCUGUGGACGUGAUCCUCAAUCAGAGGGGCCACUGAGUACAAGGCAGCGGACAACCGGAAAACUCCUCUACUUACUGUGACCCUGAGUGAUACAGGCUGGUUCGUGCUAGUGUCUUCAUAUAGCUCUAAGUGUUGUUUCUGACGGGAAGGGGUGUGUUGCAUCAAGGUAUUUCAACAAACAUGUCAAAACAGCACUGCACUAAAGUACCAUACAAUACUGUAUAUCCUGUAACCGUCGCAACUCCUUGUUCUGUCAAAAAGGGGAAACACCCACCCAUCUGGUGGUCUGCACAGUGUGAAUUAGAAUGAAAUUUGCAGACGUAUUACGCGGGUCUGCAGGAGAUAGUCUUUAGAGCUGCACUGUGCAUUUGCCAGUACAUGACUGGAAUAGAUAAGAUAGUUGAAGUUGACAUGAAUGUGCCUGUAACCAGCUGCUGACUGACAGUUAGAGGGGAAAGUAAAGCUGUGUGUUUAGACUCCCUGCUAAUGUUACACAGUCAGAUUCUUUCUGGAGCAGCCAACAGUUUGUAGCCAAACUGGAAACGCACAAUGGAAAGCAUCCUGCAGUUCAUUUUUAACAUGCACUGAUUAAUGUACGUAUCCUGUCAUAUGUAGGUGAUAUUUUUGUCUCCUUUAAAACAAAACAUGCACAGUCUCAGUGAAGAAGCCAGGAGGUGUCGGUAAUAUUAUAGUAUUUAAUAGAGUAUUUGGCUUUGACUGUUAUAAAUAAAGCUAUUUUAGUAGUCUA